CGGUGCGCGGGCACAGCAGCCAGGCUGCCGGAGAGCAGAUCUCGGGAAUUCGGGUGCGGAGCCCUUGGCCUGGAGGCGAUAUGGGUGGUCCGCUGCCCGGUUCAGUCGCUCGCAACAGCCCGGGGAACAGGCCUGCCUGGCCCUGAAGCUGUGGAGCUUGGACGACCUGCCCUCUACGUGCUGGGCACCUGGAGGUGUCCCUCGAGAGCUCAGUUGUGAGGUUCAAGUCGGAGUGGCCAUGAAGGGGCUGCCUACUGGGCUGAUGCUGUGACCCUGGAGUCUGCCUUUCCUGCCAGUCCCCCUGCCCGGAACAUGUGGCUGCGGCUUGGCCUGCCCUCGCUGUCCCCGAGCCCCCAGCCCAGAGUUGGCCGGAGCCUGUGCCUCACCCUGUGGUUCCUCGGCUUGGUGCUGAGGGCCAGUACUCAGGCCCCAGCACCCACAGUCAAUACUCACUUUGGGAAGCUAAGGGGUGCCCGGGUACCAUUGCCCAGUGAGAUCCUGGGGCCUGUGGACCAAUACCUGGGGGUGCCCUACGCAGCUCCUCCGAUCGGCGAGAAACGCUUCCUGCCCCCUGAACCACCCCCGUCCUGGUCUGGCAUCCGGAACGCCACACACUUCCCCCCAGUGUGCCCCCAGAACAUCCACACAGCUGUACCCGAAGUCAUGCUGCCUGUCUGGUUCACUGCCAAUUUGGAUAUCGUCGCCACGUACAUCCAGGAGCCCAAUGAAGACUGCCUCUACCUGAAUGUCUAUGUGCCCACGGAGGAUGUAAAGCGGAUUUCCAAGGAAUGCGCCCGAAAGCCCAACAAGAAAAUUUGUAGGAAAGGAGGAUCCGGCGCUAAGAAACAGGGCGAGGACUUAGCCGAUAAUGACGGGGAUGAAGAUGAAGACAUCCGGGACAGUGGCGCUAAGCCCGUCAUGGUCUACAUCCAUGGAGGUUCUUACAUGGAAGGGACAGGCAACAUGAUUGAUGGCAGCGUCCUCGCCAGUUAUGGCAACGUCAUCGUCAUCACCCUCAACUAUCGGGUUGGGGUGCUAGGUUUCCUGAGCACUGGCGAUCAGGCUGCCAAAGGCAACUAUGGGCUCCUUGACCAAAUUCAGGCCCUCCGCUGGGUGAGCGAGAAUAUCGCCUUCUUCGGUGGUGAUCCCCGCCGUAUUACCGUCUUUGGCUCGGGCAUCGGCGCGUCCUGUGUCAGCCUCCUCACGUUGUCACAUCACUCUGAGGGGCUUUUUCAGAGGGCCAUCAUCCAAAGUGGUUCUGCUCUGUCCAGCUGGGCUGUGAACUACCAACCAGUGAAGUACACCAGCCUAUUGGCUGACAAGGUGGGCUGUAAUGUUCUAGAUACAGUGGAUAUGGUGGACUGUCUUCGGCAAAAGAGUGCCAAGGAGCUGGUGGAGCAAGACAUCCAGCCAGCCCGCUACCAUGUGGCCUUUGGCCCUGUGAUUGAUGGCGAUGUCAUUCCUGAUGACCCUGAGAUCCUCAUGGAACAGGGUGAGUUCCUCAACUACGACAUCAUGCUAGGUGUCAACCAGGGCGAGGGCCUCAAGUUCGUGGAAGGGGUGGUAGACCCCGAGGAUGGCGUCUCUGGCACUGACUUUGACUACUCAGUCUCCAACUUUGUGGACAAUCUGUAUGGAUAUCCUGAGGGUAAGGAUACCCUGCGGGAGACCAUCAAGUUCAUGUACACAGACUGGGCAGACCGUGACAACCCUGAGACCCGCCGUAAAACACUGGUGGCACUCUUCACUGACCACCAGUGGGUGGAGCCCUCGGUGGUGACAGCUGAUCUGCACGCCCGCUAUGGCUCACCGACUUACUUUUACGCCUUCUAUCAUCACUGCCAGAGCCUCAUGAAGCCUGCGUGGUCUGACGCAGCUCAUGGGGACGAAGUACCCUACGUUUUUGGUGUCCCAAUGGUGGGCCCCACUGACCUCUUCCCCUGUAACUUCUCCAAGAAUGACGUUAUGCUCAGUGCUGUUGUCAUGACCUACUGGACCAACUUUGCCAAGACCGGGGAUCCCAACAAGCCGGUCCCCCAGGACACCAAGUUCAUUCACACCAAGGCCAACCGCUUUGAGGAAGUGGCCUGGUCCAAAUACAAUCCCCGAGACCAGCUCUACCUUCACAUCGGGCUGAAACCGAGGGUCCGUGAUCAUUACCGGGCCACUAAGGUAGCCUUUUGGAAACACCUGGUGCCCCACCUGUACAACCUGCAUGACAUGUUCCACUAUACGUCCACAACCACCAAAGUGCCGCCCCCGGAUACCACCCACAGCUCCCAUAUCACCCGGAGGCCCAACGGCAAGACCUGGAGCACCAAGCGGCCAGCCAUUUCCCCUGCCUAUAGCAAUGAGAAUGCCCAAGGGUCCUGGAACGGGGACCAGGAUGCAGGGCCGCUCUUGGUGGAGAACCCUCGUGACUACUCCACUGAAUUAAGUGUCACCAUCGCCGUGGGGGCCUCCCUCCUCUUCCUUAACGUUCUGGCCUUCGCUGCCCUCUACUACCGUAAGGACAAGCGACGUCAGGAGCCCCUUCGACAGCCUAGCCCUCAGAGGGGAGCCGGGGCCCCCGAAUUGGGAGCUGCUCCUGAGGAGGAGCUGGCAGCAUUGCAGCUGGGCCCCACUCACCAUGAGUGUGAGGCUGGUCCCCCCCACGACACACUGCGCCUCACUGCGCUGCCUGACUACACGCUGACCCUGCGACGCUCCCCUGAUGACAUCCCACUCAUGACUCCCAACACCAUCACGAUGAUCCCCAACUCCCUGGUAGGGCUGCAGACGUUGCACCCCUAUAACACCUUUGCCGCGGGGUUCAACAGUACUGGGCUGCCCCACUCACACUCCACUACCAGGGUAUAGCUCCAGCCAGAGCACAGCCUGUCUCCUGCUCCCUCCCUCCCAGAUCCACAAACACGCACACACACACACACACACGCACACACACACACAGAGAGACAUAUAUGUAUACGCACGCAACCACACACAACAGACAGCAGACCCACCUGCACAAACAUAGACAGAUGUGGACACGUACCCGUAUGUACAAAUACACAAAUAAGGAAGUAAACCUGAACAAACCCUUCAAAUGGGGACGCAAAGGAGUCCUUGGGAAACCGAGGACCCAUGGAACAGCAGCUGAAGCCAGCUCCCUGAGCCUGACCACAGACACUCCUGGGGGCCCGAAAGCACCAGCUGGACACCCCCUUGGUGCUCGCCCUCUGCCUCCCUUGGAACUGCACCACCGACCAAUGCCAGACUUGGGAGCUUUAAAGAGCAGGGCAGCUCUUUCUCCCCAAGACUUGGUCUUUUUUCUGGGUUUUGCUUUUGUUGAUUUUUUAAAAAACAUUUUUGGAACAAAUGCUUCUCCAAUCUGUGAGUGCAAAGAGCUCUGGAAGGGAGGGCCCCAGGCCCAGGGCUCUCUGGCUCUGGAACCCCAGUACUCACAUGAUCUGACCAAGGAACAGGACCUCCAAGAAAGAAACAGAUUUGAGCAAGACCGCUGCGUGGAAGGAGGAAGGCGUGACCUCUGGACAGGAUUGGAGGGCCAUAGGGGAGAACUCUCCAGCCACCUCUGUGUCCCUGUGGGGGGCUGCAGACAUCACACGGUAGAUUUGGUGAACAAGGUUCUGUGGAGGCCAAGUCAUUAGCGGCCUCCCGGGUAUAAUCUGGGUUCUGCCUCUUCCCAUGGGGUAAUAGAAAUUCACCCCAUUUUCUUUACGGAGUCUCUUUUGUGUCUGUCAUCUCUCUUUCAAAAAGGCAUUGUUUUUUGUUGUUGUUGGCUUUUUUUUUUUUUUAAAGAAAAGUUCUUAAAACACUAACGGAAACCCAUGGAGUUUGUCCUUUGUAAAAAUUUUAAACACAGUGUCUUGAUAUAAAAAUAAAAAAUCCAGUUAGCACUCCCAACUCGCCUCCCUUGCACAGGCCUUGCCCCAACAGACUUCUCAGCUGGGUGCAGGCUAGGAAUCGCAGCCGGCGCCUGCCUCCUAUACCUUCAAGCUGGUACAAGUCUGGGCUGCGCUCUGCGGGACCCGCACUGAGGCCUCUCCAACCUUGUGCUGCCCUCACCCUGCCCCCCCAAGGCUCUGGGUUCCUGAAGCUGAAGCCUUAUCUCAACACCUCUGGCCUCCUAAUGAAAGGGCAAAAAUAACACUUCCGUCUCCACUGCAUGCCAUCACGGCUGCCAGCCAUUGCCACCAUCGCCACCACCCUGCCCUCAUCCUGGACUAGGGGCUGGAAGGAGGUCUGACCUCUAACAUGCUGAAAUUCUUACUGGCAUCUGGAUCCAGUGCGCCAUCAGAUGUGUGCACUCCCUGGCCUUGGGCGGCUCGCAGAGCAGGGCCCUCUCCCCCCCAGGGAUGCUUCUGUCCUGUUCUGAGAAGUCACUGGGGUCCUGGGAGCAGUUUCUCUCUAGGAUUGUGAUCCGUGGCUCCCUAUGAAAUCUGGGCCUCCACGGGUUGGCAUUGUGGCAUUUCAUAUUAUUCUCAGUGACUUGAAGGACUGAACCAGAAGCCUGCUCACCAAGUAUGAUGGUUGGGUGGGGCUGCUGACACUUCAGAAAUCAGGAAUAGAAUUCCCUGACAAAAUGAGGGAGAUGAACCAAUACAACGGCAUGGCAUGCGGAGGGCACCACGCCUGAGAACUAAACUACUGGUGUGGUGCAUGGGGGGGAGUGUCAGAGUGGGUCACAAUUGAAUGAGUCCAUACUGUAGAACUGGUUUCUCCUCGCUCCCUCCCUUCCUGUCUUCUUUCCAAAACUAAUGUGACUACUAGCAUAUAAUAACAAACAUAUAGCAUGGAGUUGCUGGGAAGUAAUCAGAGUCUGAGUUUUAGAAUUAAAAGGAACCUCAAAGUCAUCUAGUCCAACCCACUUAUUUUACAAUUGGGGAAAUGGGCCCAGCAAAGUCCAGUAUCACAGGCAGUGUUAGAAGCAGACCUAGAAUGCAUGCCAGAAAUAUAUGAGCUUCCCCAGGGCCCUCAGCUUUCCCUAUCCUACCUAGCAUUGGUUAGGCCUUUUGGAGCAUAAAUGAGUGCCUUUGGUCAAUACGUGUUUGGCAUAUAUGGGAAAGCUGGAGAGAAGCAACAACGUGCCAAAGGACUAGGUGAUUUGUUUUAAUUUACAAAAGAGGGAGACGAUGAGGUAACAUUCAAUAAUUACCAAGCACCUGCUACGUGACGCGUGUGCUAUACCAUCUUCAAACUUUUAACUCCUAAAUAAGGACAGAGCCGAGGGUCCUUUCUCCAUUUCUUCUGAGAAUAACAGAGGGAUAGAUUAAGUUAGACGCCAAAAAAAACUUCGCUGUGAAUAGUAGGUAAUCAUGGCACUUAGUAAGUCCUCAGUAACAGUCACCAAAUUGAAUGAAUGACUACUGAGGAAAACACUGGUGUUCCUCUACCUGAGAACAGAGGACUGGAUUACAUGACCUUUGGAGGUCAAUUCAGAGUCCUCAUUAUUACAAUGCUGUGAUUGCUCCAUCUCAGAUAUUACCAAACUGGGCCGCCUCUUCUGGAGUGUGUGUGUGUGUGUGUGUGUGUGUGUGUACACACCUCCAAAUUAGGAGGCUCUCUAUUUGGGGAGAAUUUAGACAUUGUCUCUCCUCAAAGAACUCAAGGUGCUAUUGCAAAGCCAGCUCCGAUCCUAGUUGGCACCCAGCAGUGAGAGAUUACAGGUGGUUUUCACAGCCUUGCAAGGGCUGGGUGGAAGAGGUGACCUCCAAGACAGUCAGAACUGGGUCCACGUAGCUUGCGUGUUGUCAGCCCCAUUGCUGAUGACCAGCCCUGAGCCCGGCUACAAAGCCCAGCUCCUUGUCUGCAGAGGAGCUGAGGAUAUACUGGGGUUUUAUUUCACAUUGCAAAAAUCAUUAGUGUCUAGACUGGGUUCAGCCUGCGUUCCUACACUUAUCUGAUUUCUAUAUUAGUCCUUUGGGGAACUGGACACGGCGAUCUUGGGCUCUGAACUUGUGGUGCAUGUGAAGGGCCAAAGCUUGGUCACUGUGAAAACCUCCAUAGGAAGUGAGUAUGGUUUACCAGGACUGUAGGCUGGGCCCUGUGCUAAUUUACAUACCGUGAGGGAUAGAAGAUACCCCCUUUGGGGUGCAUACUAUCAGGAAGACAAAAGUGAACUCUGAUAAAAUGAAUGAAAUGCAUAAUCUAGCACGUCACUUCAAUUGUACGGCCAAGGUUUAAAGGGGCUGAAGAAAUUGCAAGAAAAGCUAUGAGGGGAUUUGGGUGAGUGGCAUAGUGGGCAUUGCCAGUUAGGAAAAACGCCUCAGCCAGAGCAGGGAGCUAGGAAAGUCUAAGCAUGCCUGAGGAGCAGUGAGGGACUAACUUGACUGCAGGACAGGGUUCAAGUUAAACGGUUGGGCAUGAGAUUGGAAAGGCAGGUUGUGGAAGUCUUCAUAACAGCAGAAGAGUUUGGGUGUUAUUGGGUGAGUGACAGGACGCUCUGACAUCUCCUUUUGCUAAUGGUUUUACAAAGAGAAAACAGAACCUCCUUGGCUCCUCUUUCGUUCCUUUUCUUCCGCAAGGAGAAGGGUUUCCAGAGUAGAAAGGACAGACUGAGCCUCAGAGAGAUGCUCCGAAAAGCAGUCUAUUCCAAAAGAGCCUUUAGCUGCUCGGAGUAAUUCCAUCUCCUAGUGCGGGUCAGUAACAGCCCAGGGCACGGUGAGGACUUGCAGCUCAAGUUCCAGGACACUUGGAGGUGGCUUUGAAAACCCCAGGGAGAGGGACUGGCCUGCACACUGCAGCUCAGUGACGGGCAAACGGGGCUCCACAGUUUUACAAAAGGGAAGAAAUGAAGUCCAGGAAUUAUAUAGCAAUAAAUUUAAUAUUGAUUGAGGGCAAAAGUCUAGAACAAAUGGUUAAAAAGAUGGUUGGUAAGCACUUACAAAAGGAAGUGAAGAUGGGUUCAGGAAAAACAAAUCAUUUCACACUCAGCUGAUUUCCUUCUGGUGACUGGGUAGGUAGAUACAGUGCAUCUGGAGUUCAACAAAACAUCUUCUCACGAUGCUUUUGGGACAAUAUGUAGAAAUGCGGGCUGGAUAAAGAUAAAGGUAGGCAGGUUCUCAACCGGUUGAAUGACUACACACAAAAGGCCUCUGUUUUAAUGUCACUAGAUCAAAUUUGAAAAUUAUACAUAGCUGGGAGAGAAAGCCAAAAUGACAGAUCCAGAAUUCACAGAGAUGUCAAGAGGCUGGUGUAAUGGACUCAGUAUAGCAAAAUGAAAGGGACAAAUAUAAAGUCACUUAUUUGGAUUCGAAAAUGUAAUAGUACAAGUGUAGGAUGUGAGAUAUGUGGCUUAGAGGGUUUUAAGAGUAAAUGUAAGCUCAUCAUGAGCCACAAGUCAAAAGCGUGGUUUGGUUGCUACAGAAAAUAUUGUGACCUUGGGCUAUAUUAAUAAGGGUAUAAUGUCCAGAAUAAAGGAGGUGAUCAUCUUGUGCUACUCUGCAUUGGUCAGACCACAUCUGAGGCCGUCUGUUCAGUUGCAGGCAUCACGCUUCAAAGGAGAUGUCAAUAAAAGUAUAUUCAGAGAAAGAGUGGUGAGAAGAGUGAAGGGACUGGCAAAUCCCAGGAGAAAUUUGUCCACUGUCAGCAAUUUAUUACUGGGCUCAUGGGGGAAGAGGAAGCUGUAGAUUUCUUCUGUGUAUAUCUCCAAGGGCUCCAAGAUCUCAUGGGUAGA